AUGGCAUCAUCUCGAUUAUUCAAUAAUAUUGGAAAAGUUGGUAUUGGUUUAGCGAUUGCCGGUGGUGUUAUCAAUUCGAUGCUCUACAAUGUUGAUGGUGGUCAUCGAGCUGUAAUUUUUGAUCGUUUUCAAGGUGUUAAACCCGAUGUAAUCGGAGAAGGAACACAUUUUAUGAUUCCAUGGCUUCAUCGACCAAUUAUAUUCGAUAUUCGUACUCGUCCACGUUCAAUCCCAUCAAUUACAGGAACAAAAGAUUUACAAACAAUUAAUAUUACUUUACGUAUUCUUUAUCGACCAAAAGCUGAAAUUUUACCCAAAAUUUUUACUAAUUUGGGUUUAGAUUAUGAAGAACGUGUUUUACCAUCAAUUACAAAUGAAGUAUUAAAAUCUGUUGUCGCUCAAUUUGAUGCAAUUGAAUUGAUUACACAACGUACUCUUAUAUCACAACGUGUUAGUGAAUUAUUAACUGAGCGUGCUUCUCAAUUUGGUUUAUUACUUGAUGAUAUUUCAAUUACACAUUUAAGUUUUGGACCAGAAUUUACUAGUGCUGUUGAAUUGAAACAAGUUGCACAGCAAGAUGCAGAAAAACAACGAUUUUUAGUCGAAAAAGCUGAACAAAGUCGUCAAGCAAAUGUUAUUGCUGCUGAAGGUGAUGCUCGUGCUGCUGAUUUAAUUGGUAAAGCUUUAGGUGAAGCUGGUGAUGGUUUAAUUGAACUUCGACGAAUCGAAGCAGCUGAAGAUAUUGCUGCACAAUUAUCUAAAUCACGAAAUAUCGUUUAUUUACCACAUGGUCCUCAAAUGUUAUUAAAUAUUUCAGCUUCUGGUCAAUAG